UUCUUUCCUGCUUUUAUCUUUAAGGCCAUGGUCCUACAUUUCUAAUUUUUUGAUAGGAUAGAUGUAGAUUAAAAGGAGGAAUAACUUGAUGGUGAAAUAUGAAGAAAUCAUUAUUAAAAAUUCAGUGACUUUUCUUGGUUUUAUUUUUCUUGAGGGAAUUUAAGGGUGCCCUGUGAAGUGCUGGAAAGGAGCAUAGGGCUCUGUCCCUAACUCACUCUUGGGUUUGGGGCUCAGCGCAGAAGAAGCUGCCAGGCUGAGGCUCCACGUGCUGCUGUGGCAGAGGCUCUUUGGCAGCUGCUGGUGACAGAUCUUCACAGAGAGGGGCAAGGACUUCCUGAGGUGAAGCCAGCCCUGCCACCAAGAGCUGACACUGAGUGGAAAGGGGGAGCUGGCACAAAACCCCUCCAUCACGGAGUCUGCCACCAUGGCCCAGCCGUGGCUCCAUCUCUGCAUCUGCCUCCAGAUCCCAGGUUUUUAUGCAAAUCUACUUUUAACCCAAACUCCAGAGCAUAUUUUAACCCAAACCAACAAUAAAACCGCAAUCCUCUGUGAGCUGAAGAAGGAGCAUACCGGGGUGUACUGGUACCGCUGGAGCCAGGAGAGGCAACAUUUCGAGUUCUUGGUAUUUUCCAACACACUGGGCAAAGCCACAUAUGGCACAAACGUGAGCCAGGACAAGUUUAGAGUCCAUGAGGAGAGGUCCCACAGCUCCUACAGCCUGCACAUCAGCCACCUCCAUCCCUCAGACAACGGCACCUACUACUGCUCCGUCUCCCAGUCCUCCCAGCUCCUCCUGGGCAGCGGGACACGGCUCAGUGUGGUUGAUGCUUUGCCUCUGCCUCCAAAGACCACACAGACACCAGUCUCCAAAAAGCCUGUGCCGUGGAUAACCAAAAGCAAAGCUGCCAGCAGGAAAGGUCCCUGCAGUCCCCUGGUCUGGAUCCCACUGGUCGCUGGUGUCCUGCUCCUCCUGCUGGGCCUGGUCCCCACUGCCCACCGCCUCUACCGUCUGCGGCGGAGGCUGUGGCUUCGCAUCCACAGGCAGUAAAUCCCAGUAAAUCCCACCGGCCCCCCUGCCUCGGACAGGCAGGGAGAAAC